UUUAGUAUUAGACCCCUACUCUCUCUCUCUCUAUCUCUCCAACAAGCAUGAUCAUUUUCAAAACAUUUUACUAGAGAGUGACCAAAUUAAGAGAUAGAAGCCAUGUAUUAGCAGCAACAAUAUUAGGGUCGAGAUCAGAUUCUGAAGUGGAGUAGAGAAUCUUUGUCACUCGUUCUCACUCAAUUAAGCAACAUCUAAUGGGUAAUGCAACAUCAUCUAUGGCAUCAAGAUUUGCAUUCUUUCCACCAGACCCUCCAUCAUACAAUCUGAAGAGUGAUGAUGGGGGAAAGCUAAGGAUAUCAUCGGAGGUUUGUGACCAGAGAGAAGAUGAUGAGGUUGAAGUUAUGAAGGUUGUAACAAAGAGAGGGAAUAGCAUUGUGUGUAUGUACGUGAAGAACAAAAGGGCAACACUUACACUACUUUACUCACAUGGCAAUGCUGCUGAUAUUGGUCAUAUGUAUCCCAUCUUCACUCAGCUUAGUCUUCAUCUUCGUCUCAAUCUUAUGGGGUACGAUUAUUCUGGCUAUGGACAGUCUUCUGGAAAGGCAAGUGAACAAGACACUUAUGCAGACAUAGAGGCAGCAUAUAGAUGCCUUAAGGAGAAAUUUGGAGUUAAAGAAGAGGACAUAAUAUUGUAUGGCCAAUCGGUCGGAAGCGGCCCGACUCUUGAAUUGGCCACCCGUCUGCCUCGGCUGCGAGCCGUAAUCCUUCACAGUCCGAUCAUGUCCGGUCUGCGAGUCAUGUACCCUGUUAAGAAAUCAUUCUGGUUUGACAUUUAUAAGAACAUUGACAAAAUUCCACUAGUGAAUUGUCCUAUUCUGGUAAUCCAUGGAACAGAAGAUGAAGUGGUUGAUGUCUCUCAUGGCAAGACACUAUGGGAACUGUCGAAUGUGAAGUAUGAACCUCUAUGGAUCAAAGGUGGAAAACAUUGCAACUUAGAACUAUACCCUGAGUACCUAAGGCACUUAAGACAAUUCAUAUCCGCUAUAGAGAAAUUACCAUUACCAAGCUUGGAAGAAAAUGCAGCUGACCACAGGACAACUCCUCCAGAUGAUGAAAAGGCGAAAUCAAGCAUCGUCCAACUCGGAGAGAAGCCGAGAUGUAGCACGGGUAAAAGAGACAAGUCUAGACUAAGCACAGAUAGCAAAGAGAAAUCAAGAACAUCUACAAGGAGCACAGACCGCUCCGGGAAGCCCAGAAAUAGCACUGACCAUAUCGACAAAGCCAGGAACAGCUUCGAUCGCCUUGGAGAAAUGGUUAGAUCAGUUGGACUGUGUGCCAGUGUUGAUUGUAUAAAGCCAACUGUUGUUUCAGAGGUCUAAAUUAAAGUGGAUCUAGUAAGCUUGCAAUUGAUGCAUUUGGGUUGUAAAUAAAUUUCUUAAUCAA